UUGACAUUUAUACUCUCCAGACCAAUCUCUUUUGUGUCCAACUUGGCAAAUUUAAUUCCACACACCUUAGGACACUUGAAAGCUACAAAGAUCAAAGAUUUGUAUGCUAAGAAAAUCCUGAACCCAGCUCUAGAAGAUUAGGAUUCUUUUCUUCUCUACCAGUUCUCUCUGGCCUGAGGAAACAAGGAAUUUUGAAAGGUAGAGGGGAGGAAGACAUAGAGAAAGAGAAAGAGAGAGACACCUGCAGCAUUGCUUCACUGCUCAUGAAGCUUACCCUCUGCAGGCUCAUGGCUAAGGCCUGGAUACCGUCUACACCUUACCUGGGACUCUACAGUUUUCUCAUUGUGAAUUCUUGAUGACUUUGACUCUUGGACAGGAAAAAUGGCUAUCAUUGGACUAGGGUUUGCAAAACAAAAUCUUCAUCUGUUUUCCCUAAAGAAGAGUCAACUUUUGCUGCUAAAACUCAUAGCUAUUAUCUUAGCUGCACUUCUGUUUUGUGAAUUUUUAAUCUAUUACGUAGUGAUCGCUCAGUGUAAUUGGCCUGAGGUGAAAGCUACAGUCCAUGAUGGUGAAAAAGAGAGACUCCAACCUGUGUUGAAAGCCAUGUUUUUGGCUGACACCCACCUGCUUGGUGAAAUAAGAGGCCAUUGGCUAGACAAAUUACGAAGGGAAUGGCAAAUGGAGACAGCUUUCCAGACAGCUCUGUGGUUGCUGCAGCCGGAAGUUGUCUUCAUUCUUGGGGACAUCUUUGAUGAAGGCAAAUGGAGCUCCUCCCAGGCAUGGGCAGAUGAUGUGGAGAGGUUUCACAGAAUAUUCAGACACCCACGCCACGUGCAGCUGAAAGUGGUCGCAGGCAACCAUGACAUUGGCUUUCAUUAUCAGAUGGACACAUACAAAGUAAAGCGAUUUGAAAAAGUUUUCAACCCUGAGAGGCUGUUUACUUGGAAAGGAAUAAAUUUUGUGAUGGUCAACAGCGUGGCCCUCGAAGGGGAUGGCUGCAGGAUCUGCUCUAAAGCAGAAGCAGAGCUGACUGGUAUUUCCCAUAAACUGAACUGCUCCCGAGAGCAGGAACAGCCUGACAGCCUCUGUGUACAAGGGAAGCAACUUCCAGCAUCAGCCCCAAUUCUUCUGCAGCAUUUCCCACUUUACCGGAGAAGCGAUGCUGGCUGUUCUGGCGAAGAUGCGGCUCCUCCAGGAGAAAGGGACUUGCCCUUCCAGGAGCGAUAUGAUGUGCUUUCUCGCGAGGCUUCACAAAAGCUGCUGUGGUGGCUGCAGCCGCGCCUGGUACUGAGCGGCCACACGCACAGUGCCUGUGAAGUGCUCCACGGGGCCAACACCCUUGAGAUCAGUGUGCCGUCAUUCAGCUGGAGGAACAGAAACAACCCCAGUUUCAUCAUGGGCAGUGUGACAGCCACGGAGUAUGCCCUCUCCAAGUGCUACCUUCCGCUGGAGCACAAGGUUCUGGCCACGUACACUGGGGCAGCUGUAUUCCUUGUCACCCUCAUCUUGGUCCACUUGGAGCUUCUACCCUCACCUUUUCAUUUUGGUUGGAACCUGCUUAGAAAAUCUAAGAGAAAGUGAAGAGCGGAAGAAUUCUGCAUCGAGUCGUAAAUGUCAAAGCCAGAGAAACAGAGCUUUGCUCGGUGCGCACAUUAGGUGAGACUGAAGGAGACUGUCUUAUUUAUUGAGGCAUGUCGUAGAAAUUCUACAUCACUAAUGCAAAUGACUGCAGAGUAAAUAAAUAGCUGAUCAUUACUGUUCUCAUGCUAUACAAGGGGAACUUGUACUCUGUAAGACGUCUGUCUCUCAUUUUAUCAAAGAUACGGACAAUCCAAGAUUGUGUCUGUACAAUAUGUAAAAGCUAGUAAUGUCACUUGCAUGCACUAGACAGUGUCUUCUUCCCCAAGAUGGAGCUGGCAGCCCUGGAACACGCUUAUUAUGUGUACACAGACACUGGGUUUGUUUCAGUCCUCCUGUGAAGUGCUUCUUAUAUUCUUACAGAUUUCAAAGCUGUACACGUAAAAGAAAAAAUUUAGAGGCUAUCUGAAAGAAUGUAGUUUUCACAGACUUUUGUACCACACUAAAUGAAUGGAAUCAGCUUUUUAGAUAAGUAUAGUUUUUCUCUCCAGCAGACUAAAAAUUUAAGUGUCACUUUAAUGCUAAUUAGUGACCAAAAGAGACUUGGGGAGACAAUGGUCUAGGAAGUGGCUUUGGUAAUUUAAAGCCAGACAAAAUAUAGCUUUGCAUGUGUGAAUCUGGUUCUUCCUUUAAUUCUGUUUUUAAAAUUAGAAGGUGGUUGGGGGGAGGAAUAUUGAGAAUAUUUAGUAGUAUACAGUUUCACUUUUGUGUGAAAGUGGGUGUAUAUUCCAUUUUUCUUCAUAUCUUCCUUUGAAAGGGCACCAGGAACUCAAAAUAACCUCCAACUGAUAUGUCUUAAUUCAAGUCAGAGUUGAAUGAAGCAAUAAAGGGAGUUAGAGAAAGGGCCAGUGGUCUAAAUGUGACUCCCCAAGGUCCUUGAGCUCAGUAGGGAAGGACACUGGAAUUUGGUGAUAAGGAAAAAAAAAAAAAAAACACGUAUAUGUUGCACUGAUUAUCUAUGAAGUCACUGUCCUUUCUUUCAUGAAAAAGGAGGAUUUAGACCUGGAAGAAUCAAUAAAGGAUUACGAAGCACUGAUUUAUAAAGUAAACUUAACAUAUUCAAGACUAAAAAGAGAUGAAGGGAGUAAUGUAGAUUAGGUUAUCAUUUCUCUCGAUUCACAUUACUAAAAUAUACUUUGGGCGUCUUUACUGGUUAUCUUCAGUUUAAGAAUACUACCCUCAAAGUGCCAGUACAUCCGUCUGUUAAAUACUGAACUGUAACUCUUGAGACUACAAUUGUAAAUCUUCAAAUGUAAAAACAGACAUAUUUUGAUUUUAUAUUUCAAAUAAAUGUCUUGUAAUAAUGA